UCUGCCAACAAAUGUCAACAUAAGAGACUUAAUUAGAAGGAAAAAAAAUAAAAACAUGACCUUUUUUCUCUAUCAACGGAUUAUUUUAAACCUUAUCGAUGAUAUAUUACUCUAAUUUAUGGUCUAUUAACAUGAAAGAUGUUAAAGUUUUGGAAAAAAACAGGAAAUAGUCAACCCAGGAUCCCUAUCGUUCCUGCUGCAGUGGAUGAUAACCAAAAAAGUGAAAUACCUAAUAACCUAGUAGCCGAGACAGUGCCCCCUUUGGCAUUGCUUGAAGAUGAAGGCCUCUGUGAUACUGAAGAGUUCAAAGCCACACGAGAAAAAUCAAGACUCUCUAAAACAUUGGACGAAGUACUGGCGGACAAGUGUGCUCUAAGCUAUUUUAUUCAAUACAUGGAAAUGCGAAAUGCAUCACCAUAUAUCCUUUGUUACUUGGACAUAGAAACGUACAAAUCGGACCUGAAUUUUAAAGAGGAAGCCCUGAAAAAGCGUACAAGUAGCUCUCCAUUAGUUAAUAACCAAUCAGAACAUGACAGUUUAUCAGUAAGUACUGACUGUGAUUCAUUUACCGCAGAUUCAAAUAGUUUAGGUGAUGAUACACUUUCUGAAACAAAAAGUCCUGAACCCCUGUCCCCGUGUGAUAUAACAGAAACUAGCUGUAUAAAAGAUAAGAUUUUCCAUACUUGUGAUAGGUUAGUUGAGAUGGCACUAGUUAUUUUUAAGAAAUAUAUUGCUCUGGAGGCAAAACUAAAUAUCAACUGCCCUGAAACAGUUAGGAAGGAAGUUAUGGAGAAUAUCUGUAGUCCUGAAAAACUGUGUACAGGCAAGUGCUUUGAUAUGGUGCAAAAACAUUUGUUAACUUUAAUGAAAUCUGAGUAUUUCAAUGCCUUUCUUGAAUCUGACUUUUAUUGCAAGCACCAAAUAGAUGUUCUUACUAGUGGCAAUGUGGUGUUAGAUGACAUUUUGCACAAUGAAACUGCCCUAUUUUAUUUCAUGGAAUUCUUAGAGCAAGAGAACAAGAGGAGCCUGUUGGAAUUCUGGAUUGCAGCAAACAAUUUGCAGCAACAACUUAGAGACCAAAAGGAAUUUUUUGACCCCAUUGAAGCACAAAAUGAUGCUAUUGUUCUGUAUGAUAAGUACUUCUCUUUACAGGCGCAUUGCCCUUUAGGGUUUAAUGACAAGGUUAGAUUUGCCAUAGAACAAAAUAUUUGUGGUGAAAAUGGUUUAGUUAUUGAUUGUUUUCAUGUAUCUCUGAAAAUUGUGGAGAAAGUUUUAGACAAACACUAUCUGAAGCCUUUUUUAGCUUCCCAACUCUUUUACAAAUAUUUAUCAGAACUGAUCAAUACUGUACAAGCAAGUGGAUAUAGUACUACAACAAUAGAGCACAAAAUGUACUCACCAUCAGAUUGUAGCAGUGAAAAAAGCUUUUGCACAAACACAUUUCUUGCUUUAGAGAUUCCUUAUCAGAAACAUAAAGAAACUAAAACCGAUAUGAGUAUAGAUUCUAGAGAACUUUAUGACCCAGACACUCUAUGGAGGAGAAAAAAGUGCCACAGGCUUUCUUUAGGCCGGGUAACAGAGUUGGGUAAGUAUGUAGCUGAUUUUGAACCAGAACCUGAUAAAAAAGGGUUUAAACUAAGAGAUGUUGUGAAGAAAAUUGUUAGUUUAGAUGAAGAGGAAAAGAGAAGGGAGGAAAUGGCUUGGCAGGUCGCAGAGAUGAUUGUUAAAGAUAUCACUAGUGUUACUUUAAGUGAGAAUCCAGUGUAAAAGGUUAUCAACAAAUAUUUUGUUUUGGGAUCAAAAUUUUAUACUUUUUAGCAAAUUUAUGACAUAAAAAGUUUUUCUCUGAUGUGCUUAAGAAACCCAACCCAGAACAAUGGUCAUAUUUGUGUUAUUUGUCUAUAACCUCUUGGAUCUUUCUUCCAAAAUGAUCAAAUCUUUAGCUUAUUAAUUAUAGAAGAAAGCAGCUGCUCUAUUUAGUUAUUGGAGUAAAUGCAGCAUAACUUAUCACCAUAAGAUUUUUGUAUAUUGAGGAACUUAGUUUUAAAGAUCUCUAUAAUUCUCUCUAUAGGAAAAAUGUCUUAUUAAAUAUUUAUUAUUUUUAGCUGAAUAAGUAAAAUUAAUUUUCAAACAAAAAUUAUAAUGCACAUACCACAGACUGGCUAUUUUUCAAUUUGCCAUUGGUUUGUUUUGUAUACUAAUGUAGCAUGUAUACUCCAAUAUAAACACAAAUUAAUUCUAAGGAUUUUUCCUGUGUACAUCAAGAGCUAAAACUAUUCUGAUAUUUAUAUUUCUAGAAAAUGCUGAGCAACAAUUUUUUUCAAGCAUCAGCAUAUCAUACAGAAGUUAUAAGAAUGUGAAAAACAUAAAUUAUU